UGCUUCCUCUUUUUUCCAGAUCUGCAGUAAGAUCAUCGAGAAAAAUGCCAACCCGCAGUGGAACCAGAGUCUGGUGCUGCCGAUCAGAUUUCCCUCAAUGUGUGAGAAGAUGAGGAUCCGCCUCACCGAUUGGGAUCGCCUCUCUCACAAUGAUGUGAUCGGCACCACCCACCUGUGCAUGUCAAAGAUCUCUGCCCCGGGAGGACAGAUCGAAGAUAUUGCCCCUGUGAAGCCUGAACCAAUCAGCGGCUUCGACGACGGUCUCGGAUACCUGCCCACCUUCGGGCCCUGUUUCGUCAACCUGUACGGCAGCCCGCGGGAGUUCACGGGAUUCCCCGACCCCUAUGUGGACAUGAACCUCGGGAAGGGUGAGACAAUGGCCUAUCGAGGAAGGAUCCUGGUGGAACUGAGCACCAAGCUGGUGGAUCGGGCCGAGCAGAAGAUCGAGGAGAUCCCCUCGGACGAGCUGCUGAGGUUGGAGAAACACCUGCGCCGUCGCAAGUUCCACCUCUGCGCCGUCUUCUACUCGGCCACCAUGCUGCAGGAAGUGGGCGACGCCAUCCAGUUCGAGGUCAGCAUCGGUAACUACGGCAACAAGUUCGAUGCCACCUGCCUCCCCCUGGCCUCCACCACCCAGUACAGCAGGGCCGUGUUUGAUGGCUGCCAUUACUACUACCUGCCGUGGGCUAACGUCAAGCCAGUGGUGGUAUUGUCAUCCUACUGGGAGGACAUUAGCUACAGGAUCGACGCAUUGAAUAUACUGCUCCUCGCUGUGGACAAACUGGAAUCCAGCCUCGAGCAGGUCCACCUCGCCAUCAAAGCCAAGAGUCCUGAGAGUGAAGUGGAGGCCAGGGUGGAGGAGAUGAUUGACCAGGUCAUCGCUGACUGCAGCCUGCCCCUGCCCGACAUCACGGCGAUCCCAACGGCCACCUGCCUGGACGGUCACAUCCACCGGUUCCGCGUCACCAACCUGCAGCAGAUCCACCAGGCGGCCGAACGCCUGAAGCACGGGGAGCGGAGGGAGAUGCAACCCACCCUGGACCAGGCUGAGGACUGGAUGGAGAGGCUGAGGACCAUGGCAGAGGAGCCCCAGAACAGUCUGCCUGACAUUGUGAUCUGGAUGCUCCAAGGAGACCGACGGAUCGCCUACCAUCGGAUUCCUGCUCACGAGGUCCUCUACUCCAGGAGAAGUCCCAGCUGUCACGGUAAACACUGCGGAGCCUUGCAGACCAUCUACCUCAAGCACCCAAGAGGCGGUUCCAAGAUCGGCAAGAUCCCGGCGCAGGUUCGAGUGAGGAUUUGGCUCGGAAUGGCCACGGACAGCAAGGAAUUCAGCCAGUUCACCGAGGGCAAGCUGUCCGUCUUCGCCGAGACCUAUGAAAAUCAGGUCAAGCUGGCACUGGUGGGUAAUUGGGGCACGACCGGCCUCACAUACCCCAAAUUCACCAACGUUACCGGAAAGAUCAAGCUGCCUAAGGACUCCUUCCGACCUUCCACAGGCUGGGCUUGGGCCGGGGACUGGUUCAUCAGUCCCGAGAAAACUCUGCUGUAUGAUGUUGAUGCGGGCCACAUGACUUUCGUGGAGGAGGUGUUUGAGAACCAGUUACGUCUGCCGGGUGGGCAGUGGAUCCAGAUGUCAGACGCCUACUCCGACAUCAGUGGAGAGAAGGCCGUGCCGAAGGAUGAUAUUGAGUGCCCCGGGGGCUGGAUGUGGGAAGAUGUCGAGUGGUCCACAGACUUCAACAGAGCGGUCGAUGAGCAAGGCUGGGAGUACGGAUUCACCAUCCCACCGGAUCGGAAGCCCAAGUCCUGGUCACCGACUGAGAAGAUGUACCACACCAACAGGAGGCGCCGGUGGAUGCGGCUGAGGAGGAGGGACCGGAAGCAGGUGGAAGCGCUCCGCAAGAGCAAGGUGGAUGAGAGCGAGAAGGAGGGAUGGGAGUACGCCUCACUCUUCGGUUGGAAGUUCCACCUCAAGCAGCGGAAAACCGACGCCUUUCGGAGAAGACGGUGGAGGAGGCGGAUGGAGCCGCUGGAGAAGGCCGGACCCUCGGCUGUCUUCGCCCUGGAGGGGGCGCUGGGAGGUGUCACAGAAGACAAGAGUGAGGAUAAGACGACGUCCACCCUCAGCUUGGGUGUGAACACCCCCACUGUCUCCUGCAUCUUCGACAGUGGGACGAGAUAUCACCUGCGAUGUUACCUUUACCAAGCGAGGGAUCUGAUUGCUAUGGACAAGGACAGCUUCUCAGACCCCUAUGCCGUGGUCUCCUUCCUCCACCAGAGCCAGACCACGGUCACCAUCAGGGGCACCCUGAACCCCACCUGGGACCAGACGCUCAUCUUCCACGAGAUCGAGGUUUUCGGCAACGAGGAGGAGAUGGCCAGCAGCCCCCCGGAUAUCGUAGUCGAGCUCUACGACAAGGACACCUAUGGUGCCGACGAGUUUAUGGGCCGCUGCAUCUGUCGCCCCACGCUGGAGCGCACACCCCGACUGGCCUGGUGCCCGGUGAUGAGGGGGAGCAAAACUGCCGGAGAGCUUCUCGCCGCCUUCCAGCUCAUCCCACGGGAGAAGCAUUCAGUCCACCGACUUCCUGGCUUGGAGGACACGUAUAGCACCCUGAGAGAGAUGUGCGUUCCUGACUUCUUCAGCGAGGGUCUGCUGAGAUGGGAGGAUGACGCUGAUCUUCCCUAUCCCCCACCCCAACGAGAACCCAACAUCUACAUGGUGCCUCAAGGCAUCAAACCAGUUCUACAGCGCACUGGUAUCGAGGUCCUAGCCUGGGGUCUCCGCAACCUGAAGAGCUACCAGCUUGCCAGUGUGUCUUCCCCGAGCCUUGUGGUGGAGUGCGGUGGGCAGAUGGUGCAGUCGGCCGUCAUCAAGAACGCCAAGAAGAACCCCAACUUCACAGCCUCCGUGCUCUUCUUCGAGGUGCGCCUCCCGAAGGAGGAGAUGUACGCGCCGCCCAUCAGCAUCAAGGUGAUCGACAACAGGCAGUUUGGGAGGAGGCCGAUCAUCGGCCAGUGUACCAUCCGCCUGCGGGAGGAGUUCAACUGCGACCCUUACUCGGAGAAGAGAGAUCUGACGCCGCUGCUGCCCGGCGGGCGGAGUCCAUCCAUUCGAGACGAGGUGCUUAUCGACAUUGAUGACCAACAGCAACUCAUUCCCAGCCAGUUUGCAGGAUGCAUGACAAGUCCAUCCCUGAAUAAGUCCCUUUCCAUGUCCAGCCUCCAUGAAGACGAGUUUGUUGAUUGGUGGAGCAAGUUCUAUGCUUCUACAGGAGAGAAACACAAGUGUGGCACGUACCUGGACAAGGGCUUCGAUAUGCUUGAGGUGUACGAUACGGAGCUGGAGAGGGUCAAGGACUACGAAGGAUUGACGGAUUUCUGCCGCACUUUCCCGCUGUACCGCGGGAAGAUCGAGGGGGAAGAUGAAGACCCUUCCGUGGUGGGCGAAUUCAAGGGGAGCUUCAAGAUCUACCCCCUCCCCGACGACCCGUCUCUGCCCUCACCGCCCCGCCAGUUCCAACAGCUGCCCACCAGCGCCCCACAGGAAUGCCUCGUCAGAGUCUACGUCAUCCGAGCUGUCGGCUUGCAACCCAAGGACUCCAACGGAAAGUGCGAUCCGUACGUAAAAAUAUCCCUGGGGAAAAAGUCUGUCAACGAUCAGGACAACUACAUCCCAUGCACACUCGAUCCAGAGUUUGGAAGGAUGUAUGAGCUGACGGGACUCCUGCCCAUCGAGAAAGAUCUGAAGGUCACUCUCUACGACUACGACAUCUUGUCCAAGGACGAGAAGAUCGGCGAGACUGUGAUCGACCUGGAGAAUCGCUUCCUGUCCCGGUUCGGAGCUUGCUGUGGUCUACCUCAAACCUACUGCAUAUCGGGACCGAACCGAUGGCGUGACCAGCUGACUCCGACGCAGUGCCUCCACAACUACGCGAAGAGACACGGCUUCCGGCUCCCUGUCUACAGCGAGGACAAGAUCUUGUUUAGCGGGCAGGAGUUCCCGCUCUCCCAACUCGAGGACGGAGUGCCGUUGAAUGUCCAUCUGGGCCCCCCAGCGGAGCGGCUGGCCCUCCAUGUGCUUCGUAAGCAAGGGCUAGUACCAGAGCACGUGGAAACCAGGUCUCUCUACAGCCCCCUGCAGCCCGACAUCGAGCAGGGCAAGAUCCAACUGUGGGUGGACAUCUUCCCCAAGUCUCACGGACAUCCCGGACCUCCCUUCAACAUAACCCCUCGCAAGGCCAAGAGGUUCUACCUCCGUUGCAUUAUUUGGAACACCUACGAUGUGAUCCUAGAUGACCUCAGCAUCACCGGGGAGAAGAUGAGCGAUAUCUACGUGAAAGGAUGGCUUCUUGGUCACGAGGGCAACAAGCAGAAGACCGACGUGCACUACAGGUCGAUAGGAGGGGAGGGCAACUUCAACUGGAGGUUUGUCUUCCCCUUCGACUACCUGCCCACGGAGCAGGUGUGCUCUGUCGCCACAAAGGAACAUUUUUGGAGCCUGGAUAAGGCUGAACUCAAAAUCUCGCCGCAGCUUAUGAUUCAGAUCUGGGACAAUGAUAAAUUCUCCUUUGAUGAUUAUCUGGGCUCGGUACAGAUGGACCUGAACCAGAUGCCCAAACCGGCCAAGACUGCCGAGAAAUGCAGCCCACGGACCCUGGAGAGCGGUCCCUCCGUCUCCCUCUUCGAGCAGAAGUCCGUCAAGGGCUGGUGGCCGUGCCUGGCCGAGACCGAGGGCAAACCCAUCCUUGCUGGCAAAGUGGAGAUGACGUUGGAGAUCGUGACGGAGGAGGAGAAGGACGAGCGACCUGCAGGACCGGGUCGCGAUGAACCCAACAUGAACCCCAGGCUCGAAGAACCAAAACGGCCAGACACGUCGUUCCUGUGGCUCACCUCCCCCUUCAAGACGGUGCGUUACAUCGUGUGGAGGAGAUUCCGCUGGGUGAUCAUAGGGCUGAUCGUCGCCUUUGUGCUGGUUCUCUUCCUCAUGGUCUUCCUCUACUCCUUCCCGGAAUAUGCUGCUAUGAAGCUGGUCAAGCCAUUUAACUGAAGCCCUCGCUACGGCUUUGGAAGAUGGAGGCUCGCAUCGCAAGUCUUGUGUCUCCACCGGAAGUCCCGGCAUUAUAGCCUUUCAAUAUUAAGUCAUGGCGUUUGGCAUCAGCUUGUGGACGGCUCCCGCAAGGGGCGCCAGCUCAGGGCGCCUACCGCCACCAUUACCCCUGGAGCUACGCAGACAGCUAUUAAUGCCACAAUCAACACUGCCGCUCAGAACUGCAGGCCCUUCGGCCCACCAUGCCCGUGCUGACUAUAAACCCAAUCCAAACUAGACAAUAGACAAUAGGUGCAGGAGUAGGCCAUUCGGCCCUUCGAGCUAGCACCGCCAUUCAACGUGAUCAUCCCCAAUCAGUACCCCGUUCCUGCCUUCUCCCCAUAUCCCCUGACUCCGCUAUCUUUAAGAGCCCUAUCUAGCUCUCUCUUGAAAGCAUCCAGAGAACCAACCUCCACCGCCCUCUGAGGCAGAGGCAGAGAAUUCCACAGUCUCACCACUCUCUGUGUGAAGAAGUGUUUCCUCGCCUCCGUUCUAAAUGGCUUACCCCUCAUUCUUAAACUGUGUGUGGACCCUGGUUCUGGACUCCCCCAACAUCGGGAACAUUUUCAAGAGUGUUUUAUGUUCCAAAUGUCCCAAAACGGAACAAUGAAAUUCUUACUUGCUGCAGCACGACAGAAUAUGCAAACACAGUACACUGUAAAACCCUCAAUAAAGUCCUCCUAGCUGUUUAGCAAGAGA